GUCGGCAGCAUGACGCAGUUUGGCCGCGCCUUCACCGAGCAGGAGAUCACGGAGGCUUGGCUGACCGUGUCCACCAUGUUGGAGGGCCAGGAGGCGGAAAAGCAGGCGGCCAAAAAGGCGCGUCGAGCCCAGAAGGCGCAGAAGGCCGCGGAGAAGGCGGAGAAGAAGGCCAAGAAAGCCGGCGUGGACGAGACCGUCAACAACGUGGAUGCCAUCAUCAAGUACGUGUUGAGAAAAUGUCAGGACGCCAGCAAGGCCGAGAAGGUCUUCGACAAGUUGCGCAGCACGGCUGGCUCCGAGAGCCAUCUGGGGCGCAUCUUCAGCGAGCAGGAGAUCACCGAGGCGUGGUUCCGCUGCACGGAGGUCUUUGAGGUGCAGGCCGCCGAGGAGGCCGCCGAAGAGGACGAGGAGGAGGAGGGUGGCGGCGACGACUCAGAGGGCGGCUCCUCGUCCUCGUACGAGCCAGAGCAGCGGAAGCGCGGCCGGAAG